AUGGUCACUGGUGGGGUGCUGCUUGUAGGACUUGGGGGAAAGGAUGAGGAGGAGCAGCGCUGUCGGGGCGGAGCGGCCCCGCUGCCGGGGAAGAGGGGCUGGCGUCAGGCGCUGGGCGGCCACUGCCGGGGAGCUCCCCUCGCCUCGCCUCGCCUCGCCUCCGCGGCCGGGGGGGAUACCCCGGCGCAGCGCUGUCGGGGCGGGGCGGCCCCGCUGCCGGGGAAGAGGGGCUGGCGUCAGGCGCUGGGCGGCCACUGCCGGGGAGCUCCCCUCGCCUCGCCUCGCCUCGCCUCCGCGGCCGGGGGGGAUAAAGGCACCCGGCCCGGCGCUCCGGGCUGCGGAGGGGAGAGCGGGCGAGCGGAGAGCGGGGCCGGGCCCCACCGCAGCCCCUCCAUGCGCCUGGGCGACAGCAGCCCCAGCCCCGAGGCGUGGUCGGGGUCGCCGAACGGCAGCCUGGGCGGCUGGGACCCCUUCGGGCGGGACGAGGAGCUGGCGAAGCUGGAGAUCGCGGUGCUGGCCGUCACCUUCGCGGUGGCGGUGGUGGGGAACGGCAGCGUGCUGCUGGCGCUGCGGCGCACGCCGCGCAAGGCGUCCCGCAUGCACCUCUUCAUCCGCCACCUCAGCCUGGCCGACCUGGUGGUAGCCUUCUUCCAGGUGCUGCCCCAGCUCUGCUGGGAGGUGACCCACCGCUUCCACGGCCCCGACGGGCUCUGCCGCGUCGUCAAGCACCUGCAGGUCUUCGGCAUGUUCGCCUCGGCGUACAUGCUGGUGGCCAUGACCGCCGACCGCUACAUCGCCGUCUGCCACCCGCUGAAGACGCUGCAGCAGCCCACCAAGCGCUCGUACGGGAUGAUCGCGGCGGCCUGGGCGCUCAGCCUGCUGCUCAGCACCCCGCAGUACUUCAUCUUCUCCCUCAGCGAAGUGGAGCGCGGCUCGCAGGUCUACGACUGCUGGGCGCACUUCAUCAUGCCCUGGGGGCCCCGCGCCUACAUCACUUGGAUCACCGGCGGCAUCUUCAUCGCGCCCGUGCUCAUCCUCAUCGUCUGCUACGGCUUCAUCUGCUACCGCAUCUGGCGCAACGUGCGGGGCAAGACGCGCCCGGGGGAGGCGGCGGCUGGUGGCCCGCGACGGGGGCUGCUGCUCGCCCCUUGUGUCAGCAACGUCAAAACCAUCUCCCGCGCCAAGAUCCGCACCGUCAAGAUGACCUUCGUGAUCGUCUCGGUGUACGUCGUUUGCUGGGCGCCCUUCUUCACCAUCCAGAUGUGGUCCGUCUGGGACCAGCGCUUCCCCUGGGUCGAUUCUGAAAACACUGCGACAACAGUUACUGCUCUGCUGGCCAGCCUGAACAGUUGCUGUAACCCGUGGAUCUACAUGUUCUUCAGUGGGCACCUCCUCCAAGACUGCCUACAGAGCUUCCCUUGCUGCCAAAAAAUAAAGCAAACGCUGAGUAAAGAAGAUUCAAACAGCAAUAGCAGGCGACAGACUUCUUUCACCAACAACAGAAGCCCAACCCACAGCCUGAACACAUGGAGAGAGAUGCCCCACUCCAAAUCGAGCAGCUUCAUCCCCAUUCCAACGUGAGGCAGGCCUCAGGGCAGGCAGGGCUUGCAGUCCUGUCACAGUGUUUGGGAAGGUUGUGGCACUUUAUGCCAGUCCAGGGCACCAUCAUAUUACCAGGGAAUGACUAAGAUGGCCAUGAGGCAAAAAGUGCCACCUUGCUUGAUAAGCUAUGCUGAAGUAUGUAAAUUAUUUUCUGAAAGUUAUGUAGGAUUUGGGCAGCUGGUCAGGAAGGUGUA